AUGGGUUAUCCACCGCCGAGGGCAUACACUCGUAACCAUUUGCGAAAAAUUUUUACCGCAACAUUAAACGGUCAUGCUAUAAACUGUUCACCUAAAAAAUUUCCAUGCGGCGUAUACAAAACCGACAAAAACUUUACAACAACACUAACUGCCGGACAAAUUAUCAACAUCACAUUCUACAAUCCAAAUGUAAUUCCAAAAGUAGCCUCGACAAAUAAUGAUCAAGCACGUCAUAACGGCGGACGAUGCGAAUUCACUCUAAGUUAUGAUGGCGAUGAAACAUGCACAGUUAUCGGUGUUUACCAUAGAACGUGUCCAGAUGUUUGUUGGAUGAACAAUCUUGGGCGACGAGAGCUUUAUCAGAAUUGCGCUGAUAUUAGGAUUAUUGGCAAUUCUAAUAAAAUCCCAUUACCAAAACGUGAGAUUUCUAAAGUUAAUUAUCCCGAUCCUUUGAAUUCUGGAAAUGCUAAAGGUUCUGGUCCAUUAAAAGACAACGUUGAUGCUAAUGCUGGACCAAUUCAAGAUGUUAUUUUUAUUAAGUUCAAUAAAUGA